GAGCAGCCGGGUCAGAUGAUCCGAUUGUAAAUAGACAUCAGCGCUUCAGACCGGAGCCUUCAUGGGCUCUUUAAARCAGCCCCAGCAGCGCAGAUUCUUCCACUCGGGUCCUGUUCUUUAAAUAACAUUUAAUUUGCAGMMUUUUUUUUGUUUGUGUUAAAGUAUCAUUAAGUAUGUACCGGUCUCUGUACGCCUUCCGGUCCWCGGAGCCGAACUCGCUGCACUUCUCGGCCGGAGAAAGCUUUCUGAUCCUGGAGAGGAGCAACAAACACUGGUGGCUGGGGUCCCGCUGCAGCUCGGGGGAAACCGGUUACAUCCCGGCCUCUUAUAUCGAGAAAAUAAAGGCACCGGAGCAAGAUGAUGUGCUGCAGUCCAUCGAUCGAGCGAUAGAGGGAAUCCACAACGUGGCCUUAAACAACGGAGGCAAAUACAACCUCGAGCAGCGGGAUGUUCUACAGAAGUUGAUCCAUCACAGAAAGGAAACGCUCGCUCGGCGAAGUUCCCCGUCCGUUGGACACAAACAAGGCCUCCCGUCAUCCAGCAGUGAAAUAUCUCUCAGCCGCACUCCUCCGCCGCCCAACGGCCUCAAUCGAGACCAUGGACGUCAGGGCAGCGUGCCGUUAUCAGGGAGCAUGGACAGCAUGCAGGGAGAGCAGGGCUUUUACCAGGUGCCCCCCCAGGCUCGACGUGCUGCCCCAAUCACCCCCCCUCCCCCUGAAAAGCAGAGGAGCCUCCGUCGUCCAGAGCCUGAGGUCCCUUCCAGAGUGUCCUCCCUGCCUGCGUCCCCCGCUCCCUCCUUGACGAUCAGCACCACCUCCUCAGAGUCCYGCUCCUCCUCCUCCGACGUCAGUCUGCCAAGUGUGUCCAGCACCCCCCCUCCGCCGAUCCCGUCGCGCGUCAAGCCCCCCGCCCCGCCUGCGGARGCGCCACCGCCUGACUGUCCAGCUCCUGGGAAGAAAAGCCCUGCGCCUCCGCCGCCGCAGCCCACCAGCCCCCCUAGCACCACCACCCCUGUCCAGCUCACAGAGGAGACCCCUGCAGACACGGAGUGGCCCGUGGCCCCACUGUCCAUUACAGAAGACCCCUCCUCGUCGGAGCCGGUCCCCARGACCGUCGGCGCCGAGCUGAUCGAGCUGGUCCGGAGGAACACGGGUCUGAGCUACAAGCUGUCCCGGGUGGCUGUGGGRGUGGUGGUGGGCCACCUGCAGACCGUUUUACCCCGGGCCUCCUCGGACCUGGAGAGGGUUCUCCUGUCACUGGUGGAGAGCAAGGACCUGAGCGCAGCUCUGCCGCGGGGUCAGGUGUGUCACGAUGAGCAGCGUCUGGAGGUGAUCUUCGAUGACCUCGCCCGUCACCGCGACGACUCCCAGCAGCGCAGCUGGGCACUCCACGAGGACCACGCUCUCAUCGCCUGCUACCUGGAGGAGCUCCUGAAGAUUCUGACCGAUGCAGAUKCAGAGGUGUGUAAGAGGAUGUGCAAGCUCAACCACUGUGAGAACGUUCACUCUUUGGUUUCAUAUUAUCAGAUGGAGCAUCGUGUGUCUCUGCGGCUGCUGCUGCUCAAAGUGUUCGGGGCCAUGUGCAGCCUGGACGCCGCGCUCAUCUCCACCCUCCUGAACUCCAUCCUGCCCAUGGAGCUGGCCCGGGACCUUCAGAUGGACACACAGGCAGAACACCAGAAGAUUUGUUACACAGCUUUAGUCCUGACUAUGAUUUUCUCAAUGGGCGAGCAGGUGCCGUAUCAUCACUACGAACACCUGAAUGCCGACUUCGUUGGGUUUCUGCUGAGCGUGUUGGAGGACGGGCUUCCCUCUGAUCCCACCGAGCAGCUGCCGGACAUUUUCCUGAACCUCCUGCUGGCCUUUAACCUGCACCUCACAGCGCCCGGCAACAACGUGAUAAUGCAGCAGCUGAAGCAGAAAAACGUCAAGGUCCUGACAGAGAAAGUGCUGCUGCUCCUAAAUAGAGGCGAGGAUCCAGUCUGCAUGUUCAAACACACGCCACCUGCACCGCACUCCGUGCUGAAGUUUCUGCAGGAUGUCUUUGCCAGUCGAGACACGGCGGACAUCUUCUACAGCACCGACAUGAUGGUGAUGAUCGACAUCGCCGUUCGACAAAUAUCAGACCUUUCACCUGGAGAUAAG